AUGCUGGAAUCGAGAACAAGCACAACUGAGAGCCCAAAGGUCAACGUUCCGAUAGUAGUAGACCAAGAGGAUCAGACGAAUAACAAAGAUGUGGAGGAAGAGACUGAGAUUUCUUCAAUCCCGACCCAGAACACGGACAUAACCACAUCUAAUCUUCUGACGACAGAGAGUCCAUAUGUCCAAGCAAAUACGGAUUGGAUAUUCGGCACAGCGGAAAGCGAUGCUACUUUUCUUCCUGACUGUAACAAGGAACGAACCGGCAUCUGCAACGUCUCUGAAACUUGGGAGAUUACAACCCCUGCAGAUGUUGCACCCUCACACAACAACUCGACUGCCAUGAAUAAGUCAAACAGCCUUCUUCUGAUCCCCACGUCUCCCCUGUUAGUGCCUCUAUACUCAGACUGGAACAGUGCUAUAGCUGCCUGGGGUGUAGCCUGGGAGGUGCACGUGUAUGGAUUGGGUUGUCUCUUUGCGAUACUCACACUAGCUUCAGCUCUAAACCUGCUUUGUUUGCCUCUUCGGUGUCCAUCAGGAUGUGGCUACUUCGCUUUGGUUAGCAUUUUCCUGCUUGCAGCCGGCUCCACUAGGGCUUUCUCUCUUCUGUAUGAUGCCUAUGGCCACUUGGAUCGCCUACCCUCCACAGAGGCUUCCCUGAUGCUGUACGAAGCACCUUUUCCUUGCUUCACAGCUGCUUUCGACCUGCAUCCACCAUCUCCCAUCAACCUUCGGCGCAGCAUUGACGAGGCACUGUUCAGCGAGGCUCUGUUCCCAAUGAGCAUCUUCAGCCCCAGGCCCCUUCGCUACAGUGACCAGUCCAUCAACGAUUUAUCUGCACUGGCCGCCCUCACCGACACGCUCAGUCUGAAGGGCUCUCUAGUCAAAUGGGGUCUUCUGAGCUACAAAGGAACUAUCAAACACUAG